AUGAAUUGAUUUUGAGAACUGUUAUCAUAAUGAUUGAUAGAGAUAAGAAUUGAGUUUGGUUUGGUUGGUAUAAAAGUGAAUAAUUGCAGCAAAAAUAAUUCAUAUUCGAUUCGAACUCUAAUAACAAAAUCAAAAUGAAGACCUUCUGUGUUGCUUUUGUUUUGGUUGCCUUAUUUGCUGUUGGCACAUAUUCGUACAAUGCUACUUACGGCAAUGUCAACAAUUACAGCGCUAUACUAUCAAGGGAAAGAGUUGUCUUAUAUCCUCGCAAUGGACAGAUGAUUUCUUAUGAUUCUGUUUUCCCCAAAAAUGGUCAAAUUAACAACAAGAUUAUUUCUGGAAUUCGAGUAAUUGACCACUUUAGCAACAAAACUGGAGCCAAUCCUGCUUUGUGGUCAGGUGGACCAGGAUUCAAGUUCUCUACUAUCAACUUGAAAUCACAAUUGAGUCGUGGUAUCAACUCAACAGUGGAAAUUUAUGCUAAAUAACUAUAAACAAGAAGAAUGAAGCAGUCUUAUUUUAUAUUUUUUUUGUUUCCAUGAGCAAUCCCAGUUUCUCAAAUAAAAUCAGGCAUUAAAGAAUA